AUGUCGGAAGAGAAGGAAGAGAAAAAAGAGGAGGAAAAGGAUGAGGACAGGAAACGAGUGAAACGUACAAAGCGUGACAGUAUUGGCAUGAAUCCAACACGCAACGCAACGCAACGCAACGCAAUCACAUACCAGAAUGUACGAAACCCGCAUUAUACAAACGCAUAA